GCCGUGUGCAGGCGCAGGACCCGUGUCGAGCUUCCUAUCUCAAGCGAGCGGGCAGUGGAAGCGGUUGGGGGGGCUAUCUCGCGACUAGGGUUGUCAUUUAUUGACCAUGGGAUUUUGCUGCAUCUGAGUAGAUAUCUCAGCCCGUGCUAGCUACAGGAUGCAUUCAGCCGUCAAGCUGGCUGAGGCGCCGCCUAACAACAGUGACGACCCUCGCUCUGUGCAACGACGCAUUUCCCCGAGCCCCGAAAGCCGUGCCACCUCGAAGCCCACGCACAAGGAACAUGGCUUGCAGCCCGAAGGCGCCUCUCCGCCGGUACGGAAGGACACCAGCUCGUCAAUAUCGACGGCGGCAACCGCCAUGACUUCGGCCACUCUCGUCACCGACGAAACGCCUGGAACCCCCUACAGCGUGGCGUCGUCGCCCUCUUACCCCACCCAAGCCGUUUUCUCUGCGAAAGACGGGAGUGAUGUGGGUCCGCAACGCCGUGCUAGCCGGCGCCGAACCGGGCCCCUGACGGCCGUCCAGCGGGAACGCGCGCACCUGAUCCGCAAGAUGGGCGCAUGCCCGGACUGUCGGCGGAGGAGGGUUGCAUGCCACCCGAACCAUCACAACAUGACGUGGGAGGAAGCCGCGAGACGGUUCAGAUCUCACCAAUCUUCGCCGCAAGGGCCCAUUGGGUCCAUGACUGGGCCACAACUCAGUCCGGCGCCACUGCACUCCAGAGCGGCAUUCACGCCAGACCCUCGGGAAAUGGACAUAGACACCUCUCCCUCGCAGCAACACGUCCAGCCGGCCCUGAGUGAGGCACGCAUCAGGACACCUCUGCCAUCCGGCCCGCGCCUAGAGAAAUCCGUCAACUUGCCGCCUCUGCCUGGCUUUGACACCUUCAGGGCGGAUCUCCAGGGGAGCGCGGACCGGAUUUUGGCAAAUUCAUUCCGCAGCCGCUACGCCCACGUCUCGGUUCUUCUGGUGCGGUGGCAGGACGACGACAGCCCUGAAGCCCAUAGCGCCAUCCAGGAACUGGCCAAGACGUUCCACGAGGAUUACAACUACACCGUUCAGGUCAAGUCGAUCCCAACAGCCUCAGAUGAAGGCAGGACGUCCUGGCUGUGGCUGUCACAGGCAGUUGCCGACUUCAUCACGGACCAUAAUCAGCGCGACUGCCUCAAAAUAUUCUACUAUAGCGGGUACACUUACCUGAAUGGCGACCGAGAUACGGUUCUCGCGAGCUCCAAACACGCUGACCCCGCGUCGGCCAUCCGGUGGAGCGCCAUCCAACCCUCGUUUGAGAACGCCCGCUCUGACGCGCUGCUCCUUAUGGACUGCGCCUACUUCCCUUCGUACACGGCGACCCGGCGACAAGGCAUGCUGGAAUUGAUUGCUGCCUCCGCCGGCGAGGACCACGCUGAGCUCCUUGGCAGGAGCGCCUUCACGCGUGCCCUGACAGACCAGCUCCGGACGCGGGCCGUCCAGCCGUUCAAGGAGCCCUUCUCGGCGGCCGAACUCCACUCUAAAUUGCUUUCUCUGUAUCCCAGAAUGGUACGGGAACAGAACCCGGAGAGAGAGGUUAUCGCUAGGUUUCCCACGCCGCUAAUCAUGCAGCUCUCUGGCGCGAAAACAUUACCAUCCAUUCUGUUGGCCCCGCUGCGGAAAGGGGACGCCCCUGGUGCUGCUCAUGUCGGGACGCAGAUCAGUAUAACGUUUCGAUUGGUAGAUGACGCUUUCAACACCGACAGCUGGGCCGAAUGGCUCCGCUCGAUGCCCGACGGGAUUAUGGAGGUGAGGGUAGACGGGCCCUACCGCAAUACGUUUCAAUGA